UCUCAUCAGGGGCACCUGGUGCAGGUGAAUCAGAGCGCGCGCUGGAGAGCAGCUGGUCAAAACGCUGGGGGACAGACUGGAGUGCAGAGUGGACCCGUACAGAGUAGACCCGUACAGAGUAGACCCGUACCGAAGACCCGGUCUAGAGGAAGAUCUGAUAGAGACCGAGGAGGCAGCAGUCUGAAGAUGAAGCUGGUUAUAAGCAGCUGCAUGUUAGCCUUCAUCCUGGGCUGUAAUCUCACCUCAGCAAUCGUUCAUAGAGUGGUCCAGGAGAAGGACCUAGUCCUUUUGAGAUGUCCUCGCUCUGUGGAGGGUAACGUGACGUGGAGCAGAGAGAGGGGCGGAAACAAAGUGGACAUCCUUACAACUGAUGGUGACAAGGACAUAAAACACAUCCACGAUCCUUAUAGAUAUUACAGUUCAUUGGCGGACAAAUCUCUACAGAUUGUCAAAAUGAAGAUUUCAGACUCUGGACGAUAUUUCUGUAAUAAUGAAGCAGCUGUGGAUCUGAUCCCAUCAGGAACACACAUUUAUGAUGCUCAAGAGAUGACCCACAUCACUCUGCUCUGCCCUGCUGAUGUUGGAGGAUCAGAGGAUCCAAAGUGGAGCACAGACGCUGGUGAAAUACAACAAGGAGGAAGGAUUCAAGUCUCAACAGUUGACAACACACUGACUAUCAGAGACCUGCAGCCUGCUGACUCCGGUCUUUACUACUGUGGAGGAAAACCUGCUGGGUACCUGAAUGUGAUCACACAUGAUCAGAGAGGUGAAAAGGCAGAAACAACAACAACUGUACCUUUAACUACACCGGCACACAGUGACUUGAAUACAACAAAGAAACGAAACAAGAAACCCAAAGGAGAAAAGGACAAGAAGAAGGGGAAGAAGACAACAACUACACCAACCACCACAUCAACACGACCAACACUCACAGAGGGGAAGAAGACAACAACUCCACCGACCACCACAUCAACACGACCAACACACACAGAGGGGAAGACGACAACGCCAACUACACCGACCACCACAUCAACACGACCAACACUCACAGAGGGGAAGAAGACAACAACUACACCGACCACCACAUCAACACAACCAACACUCACAGAGGGGAAGAAGACAACAACUACACCAACCACCACAUCAACACAACCAACACACACAGAGGGGAAGAAGACAACAACUACACCGACCACCACAUCAACACGACCAACACACACAGAGUCUUCAGGAGAACCUCGUCAGAUAUGGAUGAUGGUGUUGAAAACAGCUGUCCCCUCUCUCCUCUUCCUCCUCCUCAUCAUCAUCAUCAUGGUUGUCUACUUCAGGAGACGCAGAUUUAAAAAACAAGAUGAAGAAGUAGGUCCCGUCUACGAGGAAAUACAGGACGGAUUCGUGUGUCUGACUGUGAACGAUGGUUCAAAUCAAAAUGAUCACACGUAUCACACCAUCUCACAUCUUCCACUGAAGGAGAAAAGGACUGACACGCCUCUGCAAAAUGAGUGUCCUUACUCCUUACUUGAAGCCGUGAGCGCUGGAGGAAAUCCUCAAGGUCCGAUGAAAUGACGGGUAACUUUUAUUGAUCUUGGGAGAAAACGUCUGAGAACAUCAGCGACCGGAGAACCGAAGCUUGAGCUGAAUAUUCUGCAGGAAGUCAAACUUUUAGUUUUGUCAUUAAAAGUUAACUUUAAUGUCUGUGUCUUUAAAAUGUCUGUUUAAACAUCUGGAGACGUGAAGCUGUCACACAGCUGUGCUUCAGGCUGGUAAUUGUAUAAAUGUAUGAUAUCUGUUAUUAUUUAAAUGCUUCUAUAAUGAUCAUUAUAAAUGAUUACUGUGAGCUGAGAGUACGGUCAGCUGAUGAUGAGCUCAUCGUGUGGUUAAGACUGACUCAGUUAGACAGAUGUAAACAUGAGCUGUUGUCUGAAGGUGUUUCUGUAAAACCUGUA